AUGGACGAAUCGACGUCACCUACUGUUUUCACCGAAAACCAAGUAAGCCUAGCGGAAGAACAUUACCAAAGAGGCAAUCUCAAAGGAGCCAUCGAAAUCCUGAAUGCUUUGACGUACGGUCACCCCAACACAUCAAACAACCACCGUAAGAUCUCACAGGCUCUCGUCGCUUAUCAAAUCCACUGGAGAUUCCUAGGCGAGGGUUUUACACACUACGAUAUCCUGAGAAUCUCAAGCCCGUUCUGUAGCCAUCAGAUGAUCCAGAAAAGGUACAGGGACCUCUUGGUUAAGCUCUGCCCCGACAAAAACAAAUCUGUUGCGGCCAAGUCAGCUUUCGGUAUCAUCAAUACCGCGUGGAAGAUCUUGUCCGAUCCUGCGAGACGAAGAAACUACAACAUCGAACAAGGGUUUCAGAGGAGGUUUAUGUAUCCAGACGAUGAACCAGAUCAAUCACCGAGGCAGGGGAAACGUCACUGCGUCCAAGUUUCCGAUGAUUCUGACUCUAAUUCUGAUUAG